AAAAACCGCACUAGUGCCAGAAGCCCGCUACUUGCUAGCUAGCAGACAUUUCAGCACGAGAAACAGAGGUGGAGUACUAGAAUAUAUACUUGCAUAUUUUAACCGAUAUGCCUCCGAAGAAGCCGGCUCAACCUGCAGGUAGUAAGAAAACCCAAGAGAAGAAAAAGGAGAAGAUCAUUGAAGACAAGACCUUUGGCUUGAAGAACAAGAAAGGUGCCAAGCAGCAAAAGUUUAUCAAAACUGUCACACAUCAAGUCAAGCAAGGAGGACCACAGAAUGCUCGGACGGUUGGUGCGACAGAGCUCGACAAGGGCAAAAAGAAAGACGACAAGAAGAAGGAGCUGUCUGAGCUGAAUGAACUCUUCAGGCCUGUAGUAACCGCCCAAAAAGUUGCCAAAGGUGUGGACCCCAAGUCGGUGCUCUGCGCCUUCUUCAAGCAAGGACAAUGUACCAAAGGCGACAAGUGCAAGUUCUCCCAUGACCUGACCAUAGAGAGGAAGUGUGAGAAGCGCAGCUUGUACGUUGACGAACGAGAUGAUGAAGACCUUGAGAAAGAUACCAUGGACAACUGGGACGAGGCGAAGCUGGAGGAGGUGAUCAAGAAGAAGCACGGAGAGGCGGAGAAGAAGAAGGCCCAAACCACCACCCAGAUUGUGUGCAGAUACUUCCUGGACGCGAUAGAGAACAACAAGUACGGCUGGUUCUGGGUGUGCCCAGGAGGGGGCGACAGCUGCAUGUACCGCCAUGCCCUCCCCGUAGGCUUCGUGCUCAAGAAGGACAAGAAGAAGGAGGAGGAAUUGGCCGAACAGAUCUCGCUAGAGGAACUCAUCGAAACUGAGCGUGCUGCCCUGGGACCAAACGUCACCCGCAUCACCCUGGAGACCUUCUUGGCGUGGAAGAAGCGGAAACGGCAAGAGAAGAUCGCCAGGGCCGAGCAGGACCUGGAGAAGAAGAAGGCCGACUUCAAAGCCGGCAAAUCACUGGGGGUCAGCGGUCGUGAAGUGUUUGAGUUCCGUCCUGAGCUGGUGGACGAUGACGACGACGAGGCUGACGACACCAGAUACGCCAAGGGUGAUGAAGAGGAUGAGGAGGACGACGUAGUGGAGGUUCAGGUAGAGCAAGAUGAGCUGCAUGACAUUGACAUUGCCCGCUUCGUACCCCAGGAAGUCGACUGUAAAGGCAUCACGUUGGCAGCCACUGAUCGCUUCACCGCAAAGAAACAGCAGCCAGCCAGUGAGACAGACGACAACAAGCUGAGCGAGGCCUCGGGUGGCGUGGAGGAGAACGGGCAGAGUGGCGGCGAGGACCAGACGUUGGAGGAGGAGGGGGAGGGGGAGGAGUCGGAGGCCGUGCCCGUGGACGAGAACCUCUUCACGGGAGAAGACCUGGACGAGCUGGAGGAUGAGCUCAACACACUGGACCUGGAGGAGGACGACGAAUAGGACGAGGCGGUAGUGGAGGGGAAGGGGAGGGGAGGGCCGGGAGGGAGGAGCAGGAGGAGGAUGAGGUUAUCGGGGGGACUAGCUGUCGACGUUUUCAUGAACUUACACGAGGCUGUGACGUGACCGUAAAAACGAGAGCGAGAAAAGCAAAAGAGACAGUGUCUUCACAGAAUCAAAACAGCAUCGACAUCGACUACAUCGUCUUUUCUUCGCAUUUGAAUCGUGCAGCCUUGUUGCAAUCCUUGUUGUCUCAUCAAAACAAAAACAUACAAAAAGGAGGAAAAAAGCAGUUUAAUAAAUCCUUGGAUGCUACAAAUUUGAUUUUUUUUUUCUUUGUGGAGUAGAAGUACAGUAAGUGGGGAGUUGGUGGUUUUAUUUUUUUAAUCUUUUUCAUCCCCUAGUAGGCAUUAUUAUGAAAGCAAACUUGCCUUAUCAGAGCACACUUUGGCAAACUUCUCAUCUGAAUCAGUGCAUUUUUAGAAAAAUAAUAAAAUAUCUGAAAAGUUAUUGUAUCCCAAAUUGAAAAUAUUUAUUCAGGUUGAUUGUUGGGUGGCAGUUUGUAUUCAUCAAUAGGUUGAUUCAAUCCAUUCAAUCGUUAACCAUAACGGUCUGGAUAGAACAUUUAUGAUAAUCUUCCUGUGGCACCUAACUUUGUAAUGAUCUUUCUGGAUUUAGAGGCAGAAUGUGGGAUUGUGUGUCACCAUUUUCACUAUUUUUUUUUUUUUUUCCCCUCUUGAUUCGAGAUGGAAGCGCUUCCGCAAUACGAAAAAAAGAAAUGAUUGUUUUUCAUUGAUGCUUUCAUUUUAUUGUAAUCUCUAAAAGUGCAUGCCUGUAUCAGGAUAAGAAUGUAAUAUGGUGAACAUGUGUUAUGCCGACAUUCUAGUGUUCAACUCGCACUUCUUUGGCGCGACUGAGAAUGGGGAGAGCGUGACGAGCUCUGUCCUGUUUUUCAAGUCAUGGUUAUUAAAGGUUUUUUGUCUGAACGAGCAGGAGCAGUCACUAAUAGUUAAGCAUGACCUCCUCUAUCCAAAUACACCAUCUCAGAGGAGGACAUUGACAAAUGGAUAUCAUUUAAAAACAAAGAAAACAAAAACUUUGCUGCUCAGGUUUGGCUGCUGUGUCACAGAGAGGAAGAGGAGAGGAGUUGAGGGUGCCUCACCAUCUGUAGAGGGUGGGACGGAGGCAAGAGAUGGUUGCUACUUGUUGGUUACCAUCUCUGACGGAGGUUGGUAAGUGUCUGUUUGUCCCCCUUGUGUACCGAAUUGUUUUAUUCUCCCAUUCACCUACAUGCCAAGACAAAUUGUAAAUAAAAGGAUAUCGAAUACUGA